AUGUCUGAUACAAACUUGCAGGACAUUUUUGAUAAUUUCGAUUAUGUUCCUAAUGAUUAUGAUGAUUUGAAGAGUAUAGCUUUUGCUAAAAGACUUGAGUCAGAGAGUGUUGUAGGAAGCAUUGAAAGCGAUAAUAAUACAUUAAAUUAUGAUAUAGAAAUGCCCUCUCUUUUUAAUAAU